UUUUGAUCCUCUCACCUUAUUUUGGUCGCUUGCCAUUGUACCGUGUCAUUUUACCUCUGGACCUUGGGAAUAGUACAAUCUAUUUAGUUCUUACCGCAAGACAACAUACAUCUUUAACACAAAACCCUGCCCACAGUCAUACCCAUUAUCGCUGACCCUUAUACCAAUGACUGGGAAUGGCAAACGGCGUUCGACUCGCUUGAAAAAGAAUCCCGACGAGCCGGCUCAAGCCAAGGUUCUCACUAAGAAAGUGCUUGGACGCAAGACCAACAAGCUCAAUGAGUUGCUAAAACAGGGCAACACGGUACUCCCGCCUCCGGAGGCGGCACCUUCUACCAAGGAACGCCGUGCAAAGCGAAAGAGUACGUUCGAGGAAGACAAUGGUUUUGUAUUCAAGAGAAAGCCCGGUGCCGCUUCGGUGGAAGAGCCCGUUGAUCCCUUAGAAACCAUUAAAAUCAAUAUAUCGAAGAAAAACACAACAGCUGUUGCUAAAACGAAAAACACAACAGCCGCUGCCAAAGCGAAAAGCGCGACUGAGACAGCUAAACGGAAGAAUAAGCCUCGAAAGACCAAGCCUGUGGCCAAGGCGAAGAAAAACUCUCAGCAGGUAUCCCCCCCUGAUGACGAGGCGCUCCUACGCGCCGAGAGGAAGACGUUCAGUUUCCAGAUGUCCAGUCCAGACGCCAGGGCGAAACCACCGAAGGACUUACGCUCGCCGCCCUCGCCGCCCAACACGUCACCCUUAGCCGAACAGGCAUCAACCUCCUACAUGUCUCUACCAUUGACAGAAUCCCCGAUACAGAGACGCAACAAGACGUUGCGUAGUGGCCAGAGACGUGCAUCUUUGGGUAAUCGGGGAAAACGCGUGUCGUCUAUCGGUAAUGGCUUUGUAGCCACGCCUCAUCAGGAUGUAGCCACGGGAGACUACUUCAAACACCUAGACUCCAGCUUGCCCGAACCCCACCGCAUGAAGCAGUUGUUGACCUGGUGUUUUCGAAAGGUAUUGGAAAACGACGCAAAUGCCGAGAGCAGGGAACAGAAAAUGAACAAGACCAACGACGAAACCACCGCCGCCAACAUUGCCAAAGUGAUCAAAGAUGAGCUUAUCCACGACCUCAUUAACGGAAAAAUCUCUGCUAGCUGGUACAGCAGAGCGGAGGAGUCGGAGCAGAAGGAGAUGCAGGCCAACGAUGUCCCAGAGAAGAUAUUGCCUAACAGCCAGAAUGUGCAAAAUGCCAAAAACAUCGAGGAGUUUAAGAUUCGGUUGAAAAACUUGCAGAGGGAGAAGGCUGAGUGGGAGACCACGGCGAAUAAGAGUCUAACCUCUUUGUCGCAGACAUCGGUGCAACAACUCUCCAAGACGGAGGUGUCCAAGAUGGACAUGGAACCUUACGUUCCUGUGCUUGAUGACUCGCUCGUGGAUAAGAUGUCCCAGUACCAGGCGUCAGUGAGCCGAGAAGCCAAGAACACCCUUCAAGCAUCGAUUGACGGCUUGUACGACCGAACCCACAAGCUCAAAUCGUCGUAUUUUUUGAUCGAUCAGUUCAGCAAAUCCAGUUCUGUUUCGCUCAACGAGGCCGUUAAGGGUAUGUUCCUUGGUUCUACGUUGCGCACCGGAGAGGGGAAAUUCGGCACGGGGACCUCCGGCCCUGCCCAGGUAGAAACCAGGGCCUUGUUGCGGGGAAUUGCCAGAUUAGACAAGAGCAAGCGGGUCUGAGUGAAGGUUGUAUUAUUAUUAGCCCAUUGUAUAUUACCGUUUGUUUUGGGGCUGUCAAACGUGCAUCAUUACCUUCCCGCACCCGUUUAUUCUUUUUGUCAUGUAUUAAUUUAAGACGCUAUUCGUGGCGAUGCCAAC